CUCUCCUCCUCCUCUCCUCCUCCUCCUCUUCCACCAACUCUCUGUUCCUCUUCACUCCUCCGUCCUACAUUUCUCACUUCCUGCCCUCCUGUCAGAGGUCCCUCACAUCCCCAGAGGAUAAGAUGCCAUGGAGGCCACCAGAAGGACGGUGCUGUGCGUCUGCUCUGUUCUGUUGGCCCUAACAGGAGAGGUCAGAUGCGAAUUCAUCCACAUCCCGUCGCUGAUUCAUCACGGCAUUGAGGGCAAGUCGCUGCUUCUCUCAGUGGAAACCCACUUUUCCCUGGAUGACGCAGAGAUCCAGGGAACCUGGUCUCACACCAGGCUGAGCGGCACCAGGACCAUGCUGGUCACAUUUACCAAAGAAAACGCAAUCAUUAACAUGAUGCACCAUAACCACCUGUUCUUCAAACAACCCAACACUUCUUUACUGAUCCGGCAGUUAAACCAAGACGAUGAAGGGGAUUAUCAUUUGAGCCUCAAUUUAAAGUUUUAUAAUAAAACAGGGAAGGUUUUCAAGGAGGAGAAAACUAUUCAUCUAACAGUGGAUGUUCCUGUCUCAACUCCAGCCAUUGAGAAGAGUCCAUCCUACGCAGUCAUAGAAGACAAAGCAAAUGUAACUUGGACUUGUUCUGUUGAAAAAGGGACGAGAGUUACGUUCCAGUGGUUUCGGGACAAUGUCCCACUAGUUCCCAGUAAGAGACACCACUUUACCCGAGACAACGCUACACUGCUGCUGAGCCCUGUGAGGAAAGAGGACAAGGGAACUUAUCAUUGUGUGGUCAGCAACCCAGUGAGCCCCGUGCGCCACAGCAGGCCUGUGGAGCUAAACGUCUACUAUGGCCCCUACAACCUGGAGGUGAACUCGGGCCAGAGCCUUCGGACAGGGGAGGUGUUCACCAUCAACCCUGGAGAGCUCGUCUUCUUUGAAUGCCAGGCCGACUCCAACCCGCCAAACAGCUACGUCUGGAUCUCCAAGAGCCGCAACGCAACCCAGGUCAUCACCGAGGGGCCGCGGCUGGAGGUGCAGUACUUCAAACUGGCCCAGGCCGAGGAGUACCUGUGCCGAGCCUUCAACAACGUGACGCAGAAACAGGACGAGGCCCAGUUUACGCUGGUGGUGGCCAGCUAUGGAACAGGCAAGGAGAUGCACACCCAGAAGAGCUACCCCGUGUCUCCGCUGGCAGCCAUUACUAUCUGCUCUUUGUUUAUCAUCGGCUCUAUGCUGCUGUUCUUCCUCAGGAGAACCUGUCACCCCAAGAGAGUGCUUAUGAAUAUUUACAACAGACCAUUUACAGAGCAGAAAAGGCCACAUCGUUCCGGUCACGAGGAUGCAACAGAGGACUUUGGCAUUUACGAGUUUGUCUCCAUACCCGGAAAAAUGGACUCCACACAGGCAUCAUGCAGAUCUCUCGCCCGCUUCGAGUCGGUCCAAGAUAUGCACACCACCAUCUACGAUGUGAUCAGACACGUUCCCGAAACUCCAAGUCACAGUUUGCUGAAGUGACCGCCAGCUGGGAAGACUGGAAGACUUCUGUGUAGCUUUAUUCUCCCAGGUUUCCAUUAUAAAAGCCUAAAGCUAUGGGUUUUUAGGCCUGAUUGUUUUGUUUUUCUUUUGCACAAGGGAUAAUGGAGACAAAACAUGAUCAUGCACUGUUAUUGUUGAGAAUCUGGUACAGAUCUUUGUCUUUUACUUGAUAUUACUGUGACAUAUAAAGGUAUACAUGACUUGUUUUUUGUUUUAAAUAUGUUAACUUGUUAAUUUUAUUUUUUGCAUUUGAGAGUGAAAAUCCCAUUGAAGUGACUAUAGAUUAAUAUCUGUAAACCCGAGUGUGCAGCAGAACUUUACGACCACAGGAAAAAAUGUGUUUUGUGAGUGGAUAGAUUAUAUUUUGAAAUGACGUUUUUCCAACCAAAGAAUACAUCAAUCUGAGCUAACAAAAUCUGUUCCAUGCCAUUAACAAACCUCUGCUCACGCACAGCCCUUUAAAGCAAUCGCAGCUCAGCCUUGUUUGCUCGGAUUGAUAAAAACAAGAAAACCUUUUCAAAUAAUAAUGUACGUGCAUGCAAAAUUCAUUUUUGUGUGCUCCCACACUUUUGUCGCCCACUCUGGUUUUAAAUGCAGAUUACACCAUUAAUUAGCUGUUUUAUUGAAUCAUGAAGCUCUUAUAAAACACCAAAUGCCUAAAUCCCCACAUCUGAAUUACUUCUGAAACAGAGUCAAUUGAGAAUAUCCGUUUUUUUAAUUUCAGUAAUGGAUUUCCAAUCGAACAUUCCUCUGGUGAGAAACUAUGUUUUCUGAGAAGUGUUAUGAAUUUCCUUGUAAGAAAUGUAUUCAGGUUUAUUGUAAAUAUUGUACAUGGAUUAUCUUGAAGAGUCUUUAUAUGUGAUAUUCUAUUACCGGCUUUUGCUUUAAUGUGCUAAAUCCUUCAUAAACUAUAAAACUAACACUGGAGAUCCUGACAGGAAAGAGAGGAACGCGUUUCGUCGAUCCAUUCUCUAAGCCUGACAUAAACUCUCGUCCUUUCACUGAUUAAGACUUAGGAAGAUUAUAGUGAUUAUUAUAAAAUUAAUAUUUUCUUUUUAUAUUGCAAUUUUAUUUCUUAGGACGUUAUUAAUGUUUUCUGUGAUUUUUAAUGCUCACAGCAAUGAUGCAUACACAAGCAUGUCUGACUACUUUACAGGGACUGAGGGAUGAUGGGAAAAGUUGUGUUGCUUUAACGCUUCUCUGUCAUAAAGUAAGUCAUACGUAGUAUUGAGAGCAAUAAUGGAGUUGGGGUACGGGCACGUGAAUGAUCCUGUUACAUACAGGACUUGUUCCAAGGUGCUCUGAAGUAUUACUCUAAGUCAUAAAUCAAUGAUUAGCUUAUAACUAAAAUCUUUAUCAUGUUCAGCAAUUGGUGGCAUUGUGGUUUGCUUUAUCUACAGACGUAAACAAAUACAGACGAGAAAGCAGCUUAGAUCAGACUUAAAAAAUGGAUAAGUAGACGUUUCUUUCCUGAAUGGGCUUCAGUACUUGACCCUGUUUCCCAAAAUGUAGCAUUGUUUUCUUGCACUCAAUAAAAAUAAUGAAAGACUUAAACAAAGGAAAAUAAUACAUAAUUCAUAAAUUAUUUUAUAAUUUGCAUAUGCAUGUCUGUUUUGUACUUCAUUAAAGACAU